AUAAAUCAAAUUUAUCGGAGAAUGGUGAGAAUUGUUGUUGAAAGUUGAAAAAGAUGCACAGCAAAGUUGUUGUUGGAGUAGAAUUAGUAAGUUCUUCAUCAGGUUUUUGUGGACUCAAUCACCGUCUUCAUCAUCCAUUCUUGUUCAAGACUCUUUGCUGCACCAACAAUUCCUCUUCUUCAUCAUCUUCUUCGUCGGACCAUAAGUUCAGGUUUAAUCUUGGGGGUGAUAGGAAGUGGAAGUUCAAAGAUAUUGAUGCCAGUACAGUACAAGAAUCAGUAAAUCACUGGCUGUCAAAGACACAGAACUUUUGGAAUGAAGUCACUUCACCACUGGUAAAAACUGUAAAUGAUAAAAGAACCAGUUUUCAUGAUGAUACGCAAGAUAUGGAGGAAGUAUUCAUGGCUGAACAGACUGUUGAUAGCCAAACACCGAAUGGUGAUCUUUCUGUAGCUGCCAUUCUUUCAAUUGAGCAAUUUAGCAGGAUGAACGGAUUGACUGGGCAGAAAAUGCAGAAGAUAUUCAAAGCACUUGUUCCUGAAUCUGUUCAUAGUGAUGCUCGCAGCUUGGUUGAAUACUGCUGCUUUAGGUUUCUGUCAAAGGAUACUUCUAUCCUUCAUCCUUCCCUGAAGGAACCUGCAUUCCAGAGACUGAUUUUCGUAACUAUGUUGGCGUGGGAGCAACCAUAUAGGAGUAGAGGAGAUUCCCGAGUUAAAUUUGCAGAGAAGCAUUCUCUCCAGCUAAAGAGGAGACUAGUUGGAGAAGAAGCUUUUGUUCGUAUUGCUCCUGCUGUUGCUGGUAUAGCUGAUUGGACAACAGCACACAACCUUUUCAAAGCUCUUGCUGGUAAUGAUCGGGGCAUCUCAUUUACCUCAUGGUCCACCUACAUCUGUGAACUUCUCAAAGUGCAUGAAGGACGGAAGUCAUACCAGUUUCAAGAUCUCUCCCAGCUCCAUAACGAGAGAAUCUUGUGCAUUGCUUCUGGCGGAAAACACCCUGUUCUUAAAUGGGAGAAUAAUAUGGCAUGGCCUGGAAAACUAAUUUUGACUGAUAGGGCCCUCUACUUUGAGGCAGUUGGUUUGACAGGAAAAAGAAAUACAUCAAGAUUGGAUCUUACAGGAGAAGGUUCAAGCAUAAAGAGAACAAGAGUUGGGCCUCUGGGCUUUGACUUUCUAGAUUCUGCUGUAUCUGUCACUUCAGGUCCUCAGUCAGAUACAUGGAUAUUAGAAUUUGUCGACUUUGGAGGAGAAAUGAGACGGGAUGUGUGGUAUGCAUGCAUCAAUGAAGUAAUUGCUUUAUACGAGUUCAUACGAGAAUUUGGUCCGGAGGAAGGUGAUCAAUCAGUAUACAAUGUCUAUGGUUCCCAGAAAGGGAAGGCAAGAGCAAUUUCGUAUGCUACCAAUGCUGUUAAGAGACUUCAGGCUCUUCAAUAUGCUCGAAAGCUCUUGGAGGAUCCAACUAAAUUGGUUCAGUUCUCAUAUUUGCAAGAUGCACCUUAUGGUGACAUCGUUUUACAAACUCUAGCAGUUAAUUGUUGGGGUGGACCAUUGAUUGCAAAACUUACUGAUCAGGAUUAUCAAUCAGGGGGAUCACCUGGAUCCACGAAUGAUGCAACAGAAAGUAGUAGUUAUGUGUUUGACAUAGAUGGAAGUGUGUACCUACAGAAGUGGAUGAAGUCUCCAUCAUGGGCUUCUAGUGCUUCACUUGCUUUUUGGAAGAACCCCCGAUCGAAACGGGGAAUAGUUUUCAGUAAAAAUCUUGUUGUUGCUGAUAUGAAUUUGAUGGAAAAAGCAGCAUUGAUAUGUAGAGAUAAAUAUCAAGUAGUAGAGAAAACGCAAGCCACAAUUGAAGCGGCAAUGAUUGAAGGGAUACCUAGUAACAUCGACCUUUUCAAGGAACUUGUGUUUCCUUUAACAGUUAUGGUAAAAAACUUUGAGAAACUUAGGCAUUGGGAGGAUCCCCUAUUAACUGCCUCUUCUCUUGCACUCGCAUAUACGAUUAUAUUCAGGAAUAUGCUAUCUUAUAUUUUACCAGCAAUGUUGAUGGGCUUGGCUGCUGGCAUGUUAUUACUCAAGGGGCUCAAGGAACAAGGACGGCUUGGGAGAUAUUUUGGAAAAGUAACCAUACGUGAUCAACCACCAUCAAACACACUACAGAAAAUUAUUGCAGUUAAAGAGGCCUUGCGUGAAGUUGAAAAGUAUCUGCAGAGCUUGAAUGUGUCGCUGCUCAAAAUUCGAGCAAUUAUUCUUGCUGGCCAACCUCAGAUUACGAUGGAAGUUGCUCUGGUUCUACUAUUUGGUGCAACCAUUCUCUUAAUUGUUCCAUUCAAGUAUAUAGCUGCUUUCCUGAUUUCUGAUGCAUUCACCCGAGAACUCGCGUUCCGAAGGCAAAUGGUUUUGAGAUUCAUGAGCUUUCUGAAGGAGCGGUGGGAAACAGUGCCAGCCACCCCAGUUGUUGUACUACCAUUCGAGGGUGAUGAGUCCAAUGCACCAAACCAAAGAAAGGAGUCCAUCAAUGACGGAGUAAAAUCAGAGAAACAGUUAAAGCAGUAGGUUAUAGUAAAUCUUCUUUUAGGUAACUAUCUUUUCUCUUUUUCCUUUUUUCUUUAUAGUAGGUGGUUACAGCAGGUGUGACGGAUCGAAGAUUGAAGCAGAAACAGUUUUUUGCCCUUAAAAACAGUAUCAUUUGGGUGGGAUUUCG